UCCAGCUGCUGUCCUUAGACACCGGUCCGCUGGUGGCGGGCUUCUCUUCACUCCUCGUGGACCCUGGCUCAGUGUCUAAUGGAGCUUUCUUAUCAGACUCUCAAACUCACGCACCAAGCGCGGGAAGCGUAUGAGAUGAGAACAGAAGCUCGGCGGAAAAACCUUCUCAUUUUGAUUUUGCAUUAUUUAACACAAGAAGGCUAUAUCGACACGGCUAAUGCGCUGGAGGAAGAGACUAAGCUGGGGUUACGGCGCUUUGAAGUUUGUGACAACGUUGACCUGGAAACAAUUUUGAUGGAAUAUGAGAGCUAUUAUUUUGUAAAGUUCCAGAAGUACCCCAAAAUGGUUAAGAAGGCGCCAGAGCCAGUAGAAAAUAAUUUACCACCAAGAAGUGGAGGGAAGAACAACAGAAGGGUGACAAAUGACAAUUGUCAAAAUCUCCCCAAGAUCUGUCAGCAGAGGCUACGACCCAAAACCUCAAUAGUGAAGACAGGGGACACCAAAUCUGUCAAGGACCAUUCUAAACAGGAGAAUGUCAAUAAUGCUCAAGUAGAGAAUGCUGACUUUGGCCUAAACAUAUCAAAAAUCCAGAAGAACGGCACAGAGGAAAAGGCCCACCCACGAAGAGGCCAAAUCAUUGACUUCCGGGGGCUGCUCACAGAUGCUAUCAAAGGAGCCACCAAUGAACUCGCCUUGAACACUUUCGAAUGUAACCCAGACCCUUCGGAGCGGCUGCUGAAACCUCUGAGUGCAUUUAUUGGCAUGAACAGUGAGAUGCGAGAACUGGCAGCCGUGGUGAGCCGGGACAUUUAUCUCCAUAACCCCAACAUAAAGUGGAACGACAUUAUUGGACUGGACGCGGCCAAGCAGUUAGUCAAAGAAGCCGUUGUGUACCCAAUAAGGUACCCACAGCUGUUUACAGGCAUCCUCUCCCCUUGGAAAGGUCUGCUGCUUUACGGCCCUCCAGGUACAGGAAAGACGCUGCUGGCCAAAGCGGUGGCCACCGAGUGCAAAACGACUUUCUUUAACAUUUCUGCCUCCACCAUUGUCAGCAAGUGGAGAGGAGAUUCAGAAAAACUUGUCCGGGUGCUGUUUGAACUUGCCCGCUAUCAUGCCCCCUCCACGAUCUUCCUGGACGAGCUGGAGUCUGUGAUGAGUCAGAGAGGCAUGACUCCUGGGGGAGAACACGAAGGGAGCCUCCGAAUGAAGACGGAGCUCCUGGUGCAGAUGGACGGGUUGGCCCGCUCGGAGGAUCUCGUAUUUGUCUUAGCAGCGUCUAACCUGCCGUGGGAGCUGGACUGCGCCAUGUUACGGCGCCUGGAGAAGAGGAUUCUGGUUGAUCUCCCUAGCCAAGAGGCCAGACAGGCCAUGAUCUACCACUGGCUGCCCCCUGUGAGCAAGAGCCAAGCCCUGGAGCUGCACACAGAGCUGGAGUACAGCGUGCUGAGCCAGGAGACGGAAGGCUACUCAGGCUCCGACAUUAAGCUGGUCUGCAGGGAGGCAGCCAUGCGGCCUGUGAGGAAGAUCUUCAGUGUGCUCGAAAGUCAUCAGUCAGAGAGCAGCAAUUUACCCGGGAUCCAGCUGGAUACUGUGACCACGGAGGACUUUUUGGAUGUGUUGGCUCACACCAAGCCUUCAGCAAAGAAUCUGACUGAGAGAUACUUGGCCUGGCAAGAGGAGUUUGAGUCUGUGUAAAUAAAACUGUACUCAGUCCGACCUGGUCAGAGGCUGGGAUGGAAGGGAGGAGAAUUUUCUUGAACACAGAAUGAAUCUGGACAAAAGUGUUACUUUGUAGAUGAGAUCUUGUGUCAUGGAUGUCAGCAAAGUGAAGGCUUUGGUUACGAGUGUGUGGGUCAGGCAAUGGAGGGGUUCUUACAAUUCCACUAUAAAAAUUUGAAGAAGUU